CAGGUCAACGCUUUUUCAGUUAAUUCGCACGAAAUAUUGCUUUUCGAUUUCAUCGCUAUCUCAAUGUGUACGCGCGCGCAUUUUCAAAGUCAAACCAUUAAAUUAUAUUCGAAAAAUUAAUUGAGUGUGCCCAUUGGGCCAGUGUGUGCACACUACUGACUACUGUGUCUCAACUACACCGACAUUAAAUGGCAAUGCAAUGCUAUUUGGUGUAUACAAGAAACAUCGAUUGAAAUUCUCAAGUGACAUGUUUACAUUUCUCUUAUAUACAAUUCAAAACGUUUCAUCUCGUCAUCGAAAUAAAAUUGCAUUUUAAUGACAUGAAAUCGAUUUCGUGCUCAUCUUUAUUCAUCAAUGCAUUGAUUGUGUUCGUAGUUUUAAGGAAUAGUGAAGCUGUGCCAUCGAAAAAAAAUGGAAUCAUUGUGAAUAAGUGCUGUGGCCCGGGUGAGCGACUCAUCGUUGAAAAUAAUGCAUGCAUAAUCGAUGACGAUAAUAAAUGGUGGCCAUUGAUUCUUAUGAUCAAACAACAAAAGUAUUUUGACCCAAAAGGUGUUGCCCCGAAAUAUAUGAAGUAUCGUCAAUACCGUCCGGUGUGUAAAGAGCCUGAACACUAUGUAGGCGCCGGAAAAAUUGUACUUGGCUCGAAUGGGUCAUUGUAUAUAUCGGAAAAAAAUAAAUUCUUUGAUCAAAACAAUUACUGUGUUGACAGUGGAGAUUCUGCGAUUGUUUGUGAUCAUGAUGUAAGACAAUCAACGAAAAUUCGAAAGUGCUGCGUUAAAAACGAAAUUUACAAAUCUCACGAAAACACAUGUAUUCCAUCAAAUGGAUUCAUAUUUGACGACAACACCGUCGAUGUGUUGAAUUCCACGCAAAAUGAUGUUUUAUUCGGUUUCCCCGACUGUAAAAUUGGCAAUUUUUUUACGAUUGCGGAAGCAUUCAAAGAGUCGAGUUUGGAUCGAAAUACGAACCGUUUAGUGUUAGAAUCAAAGCGAGAGGUCGAUUGGCAGGAUUAUUGUCUCGAACACGUUCUCUACAAUACAACCGAUAAUGAAUUGCAACUGAGUGUGUUUACAUGUGCCGAUCAUCUCUCUCCUCAAACGGAUAUACGCCUCAUCUUGUUUCCGAUCGGAUUGUUAAUUUCCGUAGUGUUUUUAUUGGUGACGUUAGCAACACGUUAUGUUUUACCAUCAAAUCAUCAUAUACUUCAUUGGCGUUGUCAAACAUUUUAUGUUACAUGCUUGCUGAUUGGUGAUCUUCUUCUGGCACUCACCCAACUCUUCGGACAAAAUGCAAACGGUUUAACAUGCUUUUCCAUCGCCGUUUGUAUGCAUUUCUUUUUCCUGUCUGCUUUCUUUUGGCUCAACACAAUGUGCAUCAAUAUCUACAUUUGCUUUUCGAGAUUUUCGGCCAAUGUUAUUGAACGUAGACAGGAAAAAAUGCGAUUACGAAUAUACAAAAUGUACGCGUUUGGUAUUCCAUUUCUAAUAUCUGGUAUUGCGGCUACUUUGGGUCACAUGCGAACCGAUUCGGUGACAGAAGACACUCAUUUUAAGCCUCGAUUCUGUGAAUCGGAGUAUUGGUUUGCUGGAAAUCUGGAAAAGUUUGCAUUCUUUUAUGGACCCGUUGGAGUCUUGCUGUUUAUAAACUUUGUACUAUUUGCGUCAACCGCUCGACAAUUAACUUGCGGCCUAUGGAAACGAGAGGAAGUCAAAUCAACAACAGAACGAACGACGUUAGGCAAAAUUUGUAUGAAACUGGCUUGUGUGAUGGGCGUCACAUGGGUAUUCGAUUUGAUUUCAUGGACUCAUAGUGCAUGGUUUGGAGGCUCACACUACAUAUGGAUUGUUACGGAUUUGAUAAAUACGUUGCAAGGUGUUUUCAUUUUCAUCGUUAUCGGAUGCCAACCGCAAGUUUCAAAUGUACUGAAGCAAAUCUGGCGUUCGAAACACAUUCAGUUCGAAUGUCGAAAUGCCGAAGGCGGUCAACGUAAUUCCACUUCAUCACAGGUUGCUUCAUCGCUCGGUGAAUCAAUCACAAACAACACACUCACCACGUCCAAUGCAAAAAUCAUAGCAGAAACUCCAUUCUAAUCAUCAUUCAUCUUCAUUGUGGAAGCAAUGUGGACGACACUAUUCGGAUAUGAAUUGAACGAUUCGUUUGAUUUCAGGCGCACAAUGGAAUUAUUCAUUUGGUCUUCAUUCAUGUGUAUAAAUGUUCUCGCUGUGCAAGUUUUUUUUUUAUUUAAUUUAUUCACAAUCAUCAAUAUACUGUAUGAUACGGUCUGUAUCAACAACAUUUUUGGGCAUGUUAAAGUAGAAAC